AUGUCUCCAAAUGUUGAGGAUGGAAUUUAUGCUCCGUUGCCGCCAAAACUACCCCCAAAGUCGCCACGCCGUGGUGAUAAUCCCAAGGGUCACGCUGAGGAAGAGGUAUCUCCUCGAUCCCAUAAGGUCAAGAUCGUCUAUCGUCAUCCCGACGAUGAAGAAGCCUAUCCCCAGGUAGAGAGUCCCCCGCCCAGGAGAAAGCGCGAUAGCGGCAAAUAUUAUGUUGCCGAGCCUGCAGGAGCCAGCGGGGUUCCGCGAGAAUAUGACCGUCGACGACCGGAUCCCCAGGUUCAGAGACUGGUUGACGACCUCGAAAGGGAGAGACGAGAACGACGCGAGGCAGAAAAGGCAGCCGCCGCAGCCGAAGAGAAAGCCCAGAGACUCAAGGCCGACCUGGCCCGGGAAAAGCGCCAGAGGUCACUCGAACGGCGCGAACGAGCCAUCAGGGACCGCGAGAGACGACUCAGCGAAGAACAACAUAGACUUGAGACCCGGCGGCCUCGCGACCGCCAGGAUGUUGUUGUCGUCCACAACCCUUCGCCAGCCCUACCGAUUCAUGACCGCAAUCGCUCCGCCUUGGAUCGGGCCCGGGAUGACUAUCGACGCACGCACCCGGAGAACCAUCAAUCCCGUGACGAUCUACAGCUGGGAACAGCUGAGAGACGUCCCCGUCGGCACAGCGUCAUCAUCAUCGACGAUGAUGGAGACAGAGACAGAGAUCGUGACCGCGACCGCGACCGCGACCGAGGGCGUAGACAUCGAUAG